AACGAUUUUCUUGGUUGAAAACACCUAGAGCUUUAAGAAUAUAUACUAGGCCUAUUACUGUAUUAUGUUAUUGAUCGUACAUGCGCACAUAAAUGGUUUCGAUGACGUAUGCUUCCGCCACAUUUGGGAAAACCAGAAUGUAUUUUAGUCAACAAUACCAGGUUUAGAGUAUCCUUAUCAAAGAUAGAGCAAAUUUGGCAUGUAAAUUGUAGAUAAACGCCUAGUACAUUAUGUCAUUAUGUCUUCGCUACUGAAUGGAGAAGACGUGACAAUCGUCAUUUGAUAUUUAUUAUACCUAAGGUCGUGUGCCAAUCAGGCUAAUCAGUGAACCAUGGGUGCGUCAAGUGCUAGGCCUGAAACAGAAGUACCUCUCAUUCAAGGAAUUACGCAACAAGUAAAAACACUGCCGUACAUAUUGGGGGACAGGAUCGGAAAAGGUAAUUUUAGCACUGUGCAUAAAGCAGAGCACCGUACGACUAAAGAAGCUGUUGCUGUAAAAAUAUUGAUAGAAUUUGACGAGAAAGUACAAUCUGAGGUGACGUCAUUGAGGGAAGCUGAUCAUAAAAACAUAGUUAAAUUUCUUGAUUUUAUCAAUGAUUCUGAAAAAACAUUGAUUGUUCUUGAAUUCUGUGAGUUUGGUUCUUUGGAUAAGUUUUUAAAAGAACAUCAACCUGGCAAAAAACAAAGAAUAAAAUUUAUCAAAGAUAUUUCAGCAGGAUUAGCAUAUCUCCACGAAAUGAGGAUCGUACAUCGAGAUUUAAAGCCAGCUAAUGUGUUAGUUGACAGCAGACGUGUUGCUAAAAUAGCUGAUUUCGGAUUGGCUAAAGUUUUGAUGGGACCUGGAAGUACAGGAGAUGUUGAGAAAAUAUACUUGGGCACUACAGCUGGCACCCUUGUAUACAUGGCUCCAGAAGUACUUAAAGGUCAUUACAACUUACAGGCUGAUAUCUUUAGCAUGGGGUUGGUUUUUUGCGCCACCAUAAGCGAAGAAUUGAGAAGAGAGACCGAGAGCAAAUUUCUAGGCGUACUGAUGAAUGCUAAUCCACUUUACCAAUAUACCGCCCCCGCCGGUAUGGAUGACUUUUUGCGAAAGCUUAUAACAAGCAUGUUGCAGAGAGAUUUCCACGACAGACCAAAAGCACGUGCCAUUCACCUGCAGCUCAUGCAAUAUGGUGCUCGAAGGCAUUCUAGAACUGAUACAGAAGCACUUUUCAUUCAACAACAUACGCAACGCAGAUUGCCGUACACACUGUUAUACAAAAUCGGAGAAGGUAAUUUCGCCACUGUGCAUAAAGCAGAGCAUCGCACGACUGGAGAAGUUGUUGCCAUCAAAACACUGAAACAAAUGGACGACAAAGAGGAAUCUGAAGUGAAAUCAUUACGAGAAGCUGAUCAUGAAAACAUAGUUAAAUUGGUUGAUUUUUUGACUGAUUCUAGAAAAGGAUGCAUUGUUCUUGAAUUCUGUGAGUUUGGUUCUUUGGAUAAGUUUUUGAAACAACAUCGACCUAGUAAAAAACAAAGAAUAAAAUUUAUCAAAGAUAUUUCAGCAGGAUUAGCAUAUCUCCAUGGAAUACCAAUUAUACAUCGAGAUUUAAAGCCAGCUAAUGUGUUGGUUGACUGCAGAUAUGUGGCUAAAAUAGCUGAUUUCGGAUUGGCUAAACUUUUGAUGGGAUCUGGAAGUAACGUAGAUGUUGAGGAAAUAUACAUGGACACUGGCGAAGGGACUCUAGCGUACAUGGCUCCAGGGGUGCUGAACAGGCAUUACAACCUACAGGCUGACAUUUUUAGCAUGGGGUUGGUUUUUUGUGCCACCUUAAGCGAAGAACUGAAAAGAGAGACCGAGAGCAAAUUUCUAGGCGUACUGAUGAAUGCUAAUCCAUUUCACCAAUAUACCGCCCCCGCCGGUAUGGAUGACUUUUUGCGAAAGCUGAUAACUAGCAUGCUGCAGAGAGACUACCACGACAGACCAAAAGCACGUGAAGUUCUCCAGCAGCUUAUGCAAUAUGGUGCUAAACCAAAAGAACCAAACUUGUCAUCACCUAAGCUAGUAGCAGCUGGAAUUAGCGCAUGUCUGGGAGUCAGAGUUUUACUUCCAGAAGAAUGCGCCAAAUUGCCGGGUCAUCCUCUGAUCAAGAAAUUGACAAUUCCCGAUUUAUUUCACUUCACAAAUCAUUCUUUGAUGAGCGUCAAGAGAAGAGAUGGCGCUAGAGUUGGAAAAAUUGAUGUACUUUUAAAGAGUACUGGAGGCUCAACAGAUGUAUUGGGUAUCUCGAGUGAAGCUACUGUGUCCGAUUUGCGUCGACGUGUAGCCUUGAAAGCCAACCUUCCUGAGGAUAAUCUGCAGCUGUUUCACAGAUCAUGUCGAAUUGAGGAUGAGAAUCAUAUCGGCCAAGAAGGAAUCAGACAGGGCUCAGUUGUCCACGUCCAUUCGUUUGGAGAAGACUCGAGGGAGGUAGUGUAUGAAAUAGACGAAUCGCUUCUUGAUCGGCGGUUUAAUUACGAUUUCACCAAGUUGGAUGAUGGUGACACUCAAUUCAUCAGAGGCGGUUACCGAUAUCAGCGCCCAUGCGGGUGGUUUAGACAUGGAAUCAAAGUUAAGGGCCAAUACGAAGAUGAUAUCUGGCUCGGAAAAUUUGGAGAUCGAACACACUCUACAUCUAACGAAUGGCCUGUGAGCUACCAUGGUUCGAAGAUGACAAACAGCAAUAUCUCGAUUGAUAACAGUGGUGCACCAUCGUCUACCAACGGUUUCAAGGGCGUCCUAACCACUCCAUCUCUAGACAUAGUUGCUGACAAAUUUGCAGAAACAUUUCUCUUCGAGGGUAACACAUACCAAAUGGUUCUGCAGAAUCGUAUCAACCCAGAUAAAGGAAAUGGCCACAUGGUUGUAAUACCCGGAGAAGAUGUUAAGCCCCCUAUUGAUUGUUGGUUGUCACCCAAACACGACCCAUCUAAGGGGGUGUGUGACGUCAGACCAUAUGGAUUAUCCUGUUUCACCAGUGUAUCUACAAUCACAGUUACAGCUGUCGACCUUGUUCCAAAUUUAAUUAUUAAUCUAUAUCUUUGUUUUUAUAAUGUUAUACCAAGGAAAAACACAAAAUUAGGAAUAACAUGGUUUGAGUUUCAGAAUGGUGAUGAUAAUGGUGAUGAUGAUGAUGAUGAUGAUGAUGAUGAUGAUGAUGAUGAUGAUGAUGAUGAUGAUGGCAGAGGCGUAUCUAGGCAUAAACAUGGGGGCUGAUGAGGGCAUGUGGUAAGAAUGAGGGCUUUACUUGGUAAUUAACUGGCAAAAUGCGAGCUAGGUGGAUCUUUAAAUGUUUGAUCGUAAUUUGCCCGGUAAAUUUCGAGUGGGUGGGGACGCCUGGGGUAAGAUGUCCCCACCCAUGAUAAUGCAAAAUGAUGAUAACAAUGACUGUGACAUGUUUCAGUUUUGGUAAGUUUUAAGCUAUGACGUGAUUGUUGCAUUUAUUCAGAA